AUGUUACCUUGUCUUUUAUUUUAUGGGCAAUUAGUUCACUCUGAAGAUUAUCCUCAGGCAGGAAGGAUAACUGCUGAUGUCCUUAAUAUUAGAGAUGGGCCUUCAGUUGGAUAUUCAAUUAUUGGCUCUUUGGAUCAAAAUCAAGUGGUUCAGUUAUAUGACGAAAUUGGCGGUUGGCACAAAAUUAAAUACUUUAAGAGAGAUGGUUAUUUUAACAAAAAAUUUUUUCAGGAAAUAAAAGAUUUAAUUCCUUCUUAUCCCAAGGUCCCUAUUUUGCAAAAUAAUACUCUUCUUGACAAGAAAAUACAAAUGAAUGGAAGCGGUUUUCUUUGUGCAUGUUAUUGUGGUGGAUAUAGUGACGUGCAGCGUAUAAAUGAUAAAUUCGAACUUUUGAGAUCAGAAAUUAUUAUCAAUGAAGAUGGGUCUGUAAAUGACUGGAAUCUUCUUGCUAUUAGUGCUGCAAAAGGAAUCGAUUACAUGCUUGUAGGGAAAUUUGAUUUCCCUGCUCCAAACCAAAGAGAAAUUUUACAAUGCGAAGACAGUCAAGGUAGAUUCCAUUACGUUGUUGGAGAUGGAAGUUCAAAAAUUACUUAUGAUCCCAAUCCAGGCAACAAUAUUGACUACUAUAAAUGCAAAAGCAAAAUCUUCAUAUCUUACUAA